AUGAGAGAAUAUAAAGUAGUAAUACUUGGUCCAGGCGGUGUUGGUAAAUCGGCACUAACUGUACAACUUUGUCAUUCAAAAUUUGUUGAAAAAUAUGAUCCAACUAUAGAAGAUUUCUAUCGUAAAGAAAUCGAAGUUGAUGGUGAACCUGCUUAUUUAGAAAUUCUUGACACCGCUGGUACUGAACAAUUUGCAUCUAUGCGUGAUCUUUAUAUAAAAAAUGGUCGCGGUUUUCUUGUCGUAUUUAGUUUAACAUCUUGGCAAUCAUUUCUUGAUAUUCGAACUAUACGUGAACAAAUUCUUCGUGUUAAAGGUACAGAUAAUGUUCCUAUAUGUCUUGUUGGUAAUAAAUGUGAUGCAUCAUUACAACGUCAAGUAACACCUGAUGAUGCACUUGCAUUAGCACAAACAUGGUCUUGUCCAUAUGUUGAAACAUCAGCAAAAUUAGCUAUUAAUGUUAAUGAUACAUUUGCUGAAAUUGUACGAGAAAUUAAUACAAGAAUGAAAACAAAAAAAACUAAAAGUAAAAAUAAACAAAAUCAUCGAUCAUUUUUUCGUCUUUGCUGUUGUUGUUGUUCAUCACCGUGA